AUGGACAGUCGUGCCCCCUUGAGCCAUGAGGAGCGUGUCGGCAAGCGCGUCGACUUGCCUGCUGAUGCCUACGUCAAGUCUGACAUGAGCAGCACGUUUGCCUCUCGCAACGGCUUCAACACCGAGGGCACCAGCACCAUUGUCGCGGUCAACCAGUAUCCCGUCACCAAACUUGCCAACAUGGACAUUUCCCAGUACGACAUUGCGCUCAGCCCUGAGCCUACCAGCGCCGUUGUCUACGACAAGGUCUGGAAGUCCAAGACGGUCCAGCGCAAGCUCGCCUCGGUGACCACCAAGCCCUGGAUCUAUGACGGGCGCAAGCUAGCCUGGCUGGCCCAGUCCGUUGACGAGAUGCGCAUCAUGGUUGACCUGGAUGAGGAGAACGGCCGCAAGCCCAAGCCUGGAGCCGAGAAGAAGAAUGUCUUCUACCUCACCAUCAGGCCUACCGGCAAGGUCCGCCUCAUGUCUCUCAAGGCUUACCUCGAGAAGAAGGCACCGUGGGACAACCAUGUCCUCGAGUGCAUGACUUUCCUCGACCAUCUGCUCCGUCAGGGCCCCUCGGAGCGCAUGACAACUAUCAAGCGCAGCUUCUUCGACCCUUCGAUGCCCAACGCUAUCCUUGAUAACGCCCUCAUGGCGUACAAGGGUGUUUACGCUUCGUUCCGACUCAGCCAGAACAUCAAGCCCAUUGGCCUGGGCGUCAAUGUCGAUGUGUCCAACCAGGCCUUCUGGAAGUCCCUUCCAGCCGACAAGUUGAUCAAGGUGAUACUUGGAGUUUCUUGCAGGAUGCCCAACGCCAACGACCAGCAGGUCACCGCCGCGUUAAAACCGGUGGUACGCGGAAACACCUACGAACCUUCUGAGGCCUUCAAGGCCAUUCGCCGCCUGAAGGGCUGUCGCUUCACGCUCCUCCAUCGUCCGGAGGAGAAGAAGGAGUACAAGAUCAAGGGCUUCGCCUUUGAUAAGACCGGCAAAGUUGGGGGCCGGGAUGGCUGCAACUCGUACCAUGUCAAGUUCGACUGGAACAACAAUGGCACCACGGAGAACAUCUCCAUCAAAGACUACAUGGUAAAGAAAUACGGCAGAGCCAUUAUGCGCACAGCUGGCUGGCCCGUCAUCGAGACCACCCGUGCUGGAUCCUUCCCUGCCGAGUUCUGCAACAUUGUGUCGUUCAACCAGUACAACUACAAGCUGAGCCCCGAACAGACUUCAACCAUGAUCAAGUUUGCCGUUCAGCGCCCGACACAGCGCAGGAACGACAUUUCGGCAUCGGUUGCCCGUCUGGACUGGAACAACGACAAGUACCUCAAGGCCUUUGGCGUCUCCAUCUCCACCAACAUGGCCAAGACUGAGGCCAAGGUGCUCAGGCACCCCGAGGUUUUCUUUGAGAACAAGACUCACAGACCCCGCAACACCGGUCGCUGGGACCUUCGCGGCUGCAGGUUUGUUGAAGGCAACAGGGCCCCCUUGGCUUCCUGGGGCGUCUUUGUGCUCAACGGCUGUGUUGAUCAGCAAACCCUCAAGACCUUCUGCAAUGCCUUCGUCCCUGUUUACAAGGCACAUGGUGGCAGAGUCGCGAACCCAACUCCCGGCGUCCUCAAUCUUGUGUGCAACGCAGGUACGCUAAACGACGUUGUGAACUCCAACAUGGCGAGUAUCACCAAGGGGAACAACAAGAACAACCCCCAAAUCAUCUUCAUCGUCGUCCCGGACAAGACGGCUCAUGUCUACGAGCGGAUCAAGAAGAUCUUUGACUGCCGCUACGGUGUUGUCACUCAAGUCGUUCAAGCGCAGCACGUCCAGAAAGCAAAUGGGCAGUACCUUUCGAAUGUCUGCAUGAAGGUCAACGCCAAGCUGGGCGGACAGACCUCCAGCCUCACUGCCAACAAGACCAAGCCGCACGGGUUCUUCACCAGACCCACCAUGAUGAUUGGCGUCGAUGUGUCCCACGCAUCGCCGGGCUCAGAGAUGCCCUCCAUUGCUGCCAUGUGCGCGACAGUCGACAGGGACGGUUAUCAGUAUCGCGCCGCCGUCCAGACCAACGGCUGGCGCAGCGAGGUCUUGACCAACGAGAACAUCGAAGCCAUGCUUCCCACUUUUCUCAAGGCCUACAAGGAUAAGGCGGGAUGUGAGGUCGAGCACAUCUACUACUUCCGCGACGGCGUCUCGGAGGGCCAGUUUGCACACGUCUUGAAGCAGGAGGUGGCGACCAUCAAGAAGGUCUUCAAGGCCAGACACAAGAACGCUCCAGGAAAGGAUGCCAAGGUUACGGUGAUUGUGGCCACCAAGCGUCACCACAUUCGAUUCUUCCCGGACAAGGGAGACAAGAACGGCAACUGCGAGCCUGGCACGCUGGUGGAGAAGGAGGUCACCCAUCCCUUCCACUAUGACUUCUUCCUGAACUCGCACUUUGCGCUCCAGGGCACGGCGCGUCCUGUCCACUACCACGUGCUCUUGGACGAGAUUAAGUUGCCGGUGAACAAGUUGCAGAGCAUGAUUUACCACCAGUGCUACACGUUCUGCCGUUCCACCACACCCAUCUCGCUGCACCCAGCUGUCUACUAUGCCCAUCUGGCAGGUGCUCGUGGCCGCGCCCAUGAGGAUGUGGACUACGGUGACAACCCCAAGGUCCCCGAGAAGGUUAGGGAUCUGGUGAACAACCCGCAUGGCUUGGUUGGCAAGCAACAGCCUGAUGCCUCUACUUACAGCAGCGAGUUCAAGAAGAACAACCCGCCUCCCAAGCUGGACACCAUGCCGAACAGUGGCAUCCUCGAUACAAUGUGGUGGGUCUAA